AUGUCAAAACGACAACAAAUAGGAAGACAACAAGUCGCACCCGCUGCUUUUGAGAUUCGUUUUAGUACGACUGAUUCGCUAGAGUUUGUUGAAAUUUCACCAGAUCUUGACCCCGAAAGAAAUAUACCGGACCCUUUUAAAAAACGAGAUAAAAUCCCUCGAAAUUCCGGCAGUGGAUUAACAUUAGAAAAUUUUGUACAAAAUGUUAUUAUACCUCCAUCAUCAAAAAAUUCAAUAAUAAAUAACGAUAUUACAUCAACGACGAAUAACAAUCGACAAUGGAAUAAUAAACAUAAUAUUGUUAGCGGUGAUCAUAAUUCACCGAAAACCAGAUUUUUAAAUAACAACACCAAUUCUAAUGGUGGUGGAAAAUCAUGGAAUUCUGUGGGUCCUGAAACAGAAAAACCAGAUCGAUCAACAAUUACUGGUAAAGGAAAAUUUACCGAAAAAAUAUUAACAGUGGAUGAUGAAGAAACGAUGACGACGAUCACAAAUAAUGUUAAUUCAACAUCAGAAAAACGAAAUAAACCAGAUGAUGAACUUAUUUCAAAUGGUAUUUCAAAUGAAAAUGGUUCUUCAAGAAACAAUAAAAAGCGAACAUUACCUAUUGAAGAAAUAAAUGUUAAAGAGAAUGAUGGAAUUUCUACACCUCCAAUGACACCAACUACAUCACAAUCAUCAAAUUCGAAUUCAGUUGAUGACCUACAAAUUACAACGACAGAAUUAUCAUCUCCUCCAACUCCUCCUCCAGGUUCGGAUAUUUCCGAUAAUUCUUUAACUUCCACGAAAAUUCCACGACUUUCAACAUCAUCAAGACCUAUCGUCUCAACUUAUCAUAUGGAAUUAAUUGAAAAAGAACAACGUGAGAAACAAUCGGAAUCUGCAGAAUUUGAAGAACAAAAGGAACCAGAGAAAUACGUUAAAAAUAAAGAAUUAAAAAAAGUUCCACGAAGACGACCCACGAUUUCUCAUGAUGAAAUGAUUAUACCUACAAUUGCGAAGAAACUAAAAAUGAAUGGUCAAUUACCUUAUCAAAAUCAUGACGCAUUACUUGGUACAUAUGAUGAACUAGAUCUAGAUCAACCUAAUCCUUCAUUAUCAUCAAAAAAUGGAAAUGUAAAUAUUAACGAUCAGGUAAAAGGUUCAUUUAAUGAAAAUAAAAAUCAACAGCAUCAUGGAAGACAAUCACCUGUAUCAUCAGUUCCGGAAUAUCGAAGAAAUCGAAAAAAUUCAAGUUCUCAAAGAUCAAAGAUACCAAGCAGACGAGUUGAAGAAUCUUCCAGCCCUUAUGCAGAUGUAGAUGUUGAACAAGAAAAAAAAAUGAUUGAAUUUAAAAAAGCAAAUAGGAAAUCUCGAAGGGAAGAAUUUGUACUGGUUAUAAGGGAUGAAGAUGAAGAAGAUGAAUUUGGUGAUAUUGUUAAACCUCGUUCUUCAGCGGGAAAUUCUGCUGAACACGAACGUGAGGAAGAGAUAUCAAAAGAAACUGAUAAUGCAAAUCAAUGA